AUGAAUGGAGGAUUUCUCCCCCUAAUCCUCCUCCUCGUGAUCUUCGGAAUCCCAAGCUGCGUCGUGAGUCAGUUCGAAACCUGCAGGCAGCCAUUCCGAUGUGGAUAUUUAGUGGAUAUACCCUAUCCAUUCUACGGCGUAAACCGGCCUGUGUCGUGCGGCGCUGAGGGAUAUGAGAUAAUCUGCAGAGACAAUAUUCCACUCAUAAACACCUCAUCACUACUCUACCGCGUCCUUGAAAUCAACAACCUGACGCGCACUCUCAGGGUGGCGCGAGACGACCUAUGGAACGACCCUUGUGGUCAGACUCAGCAACCCCUUAACACAACUUUAGAUACCACCCUUUUUAGUUUGGAUGAGCCCUCUAAUGAUCAGAAUAUCACUCUGCUCUAUGGCUGCACUCUUCUUCCGUCACAAGCCCGACUGCCCAAUCUGUUUGACUGCAGUGGCAGAGCGGCUCUCUUCUUCGCAACACCUGAACUGAUAAGAACUUUCACAUGCACCGGCCUUGAAGUUACUGUUUGGGUAACUCAAUCUGCAGCCACGAGCUUGGGAUCAAAUCUAUCACCCGAUUCAUCGGCCCAACUAUUGAGAACAUCUAUUCAAGGUGGAUUCUCCAUCCAGUGGUCAGCGGAUAACCAGAACUGCCAGAGGUGCUUAGAUUCCGGUGGAGCUUGCGGCUCUGAUGGAUCGAGCUCGUUUGUUUGCCACUGUGCUAAUAAUACCUCAGUUCCAUCAACUUGCUCAAUCGGUAACAAUUCAUUCAUCUCCCUACCGCAUCACUGCAUCUACCCUGAUUUUUUUGUUAUUCCUUUCAUUAAAAACCUCUUUGAAUCGAUUCUUCUGUGA